UUGGACUGCAUUUUGUACUUCACUAAACUCUUGCUGCCUAUAAAUAUGUGAAUUCAGAGAAGCAAGAUCAGAUCAUUAAGCUUAGAAGUUCUCUUCGAAGAAGAAAGAGUACGUACAUAUUCAAGCAAGUAAUAAUGGCACUAGAAAUCAGUACCCCAAACCACACUCAAGUAGUCUCAGGUUGGGCAGCUCAUGAUGAAUCAGGAACGAUAAAACCUUUCAUAUUCAAGCGAAGAGAGAAUGGAGUUGAUGAUGUAACAAUCAAGAUACUAUACUGUGGGAUGUGCCACACUGAUCUCCAUUACACAAAAAAUGACUGGGGCAUGACCAUGUACCCUGUUGUCCCUGGGCAUGAAAUAACAGGAGUGAUUACAAAAGUAGGAAAGAAUGCCAAAGAAUUCAAAGUUGGAGACAGAGUUGGAGUUGGAUGUUUAGCAGCAUCUUGUUUGGAUUGUGAACACUGCAAGGAUUCUCAAGAAAAUUAUUGUGAGAAACUUCAAUUUACUUACAAUGGCAUAUUUUGGGACGGAAGUGUUACUUAUGGUGGUUACUCCAAGAUGCUUGUUGCUGACAGAAGAUAUGUCGUGCACGUGCCAGAAAGCUUAGCUCUAGAUGCAGCGGCACCACUAUUAUGCGCUGGGAUAACAGUUUUCAGUCCAUUGAAAGACGACAAUUUACUCGAACAAGGUCCACGAAAGAAGAUAGGAGUUGUGGGAUUGGGAGGUCUUGGGCAUGUAGCUGUAAAAUUUGGGAAGGCUUUUGGUCACCAUGUUACUGUUAUAAGCACUUCCCCUUCCAAAGAGGACGAAGCCAAAUUGCGUCUAGGUGCGGAUGAUUUUAUUGUAAGCACCGACCCUCGACAAAUGCAGGCUGGGAGGAGGAGCUUGGAUUUCAUACUAGACACAGUUUCAGCUACACAUUCACUCGGCCCCAUCUUAGAGCUUCUCAAAGUUAAUGGGACUUUAUCCAUGGUUGGUGCACCAGAUAAGCCCAUGGACUUGCCUGCAUUUCCUUUAAUCUUUGGGAAAAGAACUGUUAAAGGGAGCAUUAUAGGAGGGAUUAAAGAGACACAAGAAAUGUUGAAUGUGUGUGCUGAGUAUAAUAUCACUUGUGAUGUGGAAAUGGUGAAACCACAUCAGAUCAACGAAGCCUUAGAUCGAUUGGCACGUAAUGAUGUUCGUUACCGUUUCGUGAUAGACAUUGCUGGACCAGCUUCUAGUCUUUGAAGUUUAUUUUUCUACCCAACCCCGGCACUGAAGAAAUUCCAAUUUCAGUUGCCAGCUUAAUUUGUUUGCAGUACCAAUUGUAUUGAUGUUAAAUUUAUUCGAGGAGAUGGAGUAAUUCUUACAAUUUUUUACCCUGUGAUGGUCAACCGGAGAUGGAUAUAGCAUCCUCUCACAGACCGACAUCAAAAUUAUGUAACAGUGAAAUAACUAUAUGUUUGUUGUGCGCGUUUCAGAAAAUUUUAUUGCCAGGUUAA